AUGUCCUCUCCCGGAAAGCGCAGUAUCUCUCGCUCUCCCGGAAAGCGCAGUAUCUCGCGCUCUCCCGGCAAGAGAGGCAGGGGUCACUAUCCGGAAGAGAGCUGGACGACUGAAUAUCCUAUUUACUCAGAUCGCUUGAAAAAAAAGGUCGAUUCCAUAGUGCGGAAGAAGGCGGUGGCACCCUUGCCCGAGGUCUGCAAGCAGGGUACUCAUACUAUGGAUAAAGGCAACUGGCGCCGUGUUGGAUUUAUCUGCCAUCAAUGUCCCUCAGGUCCAGCCCGAUUUAAUCUCAUUGAUGGCCAGGAGCCGUUGACCCAAGAGGAGAUUAACGAUAUUGAGGCCAUCAGGCUUUCCGAUGAACUCGAUGACAUGGAAGCUGAGAAGAAGGAGGAGACCGAGAAAAGCGACGAAGCUUUUGUGCGCGAGCUGCAAACAUCGACCUCUACCGGCUUCAUCGUCAAAACCGAAACUUCUAAUACAGAUGCUCGCCUGAUCAAAACGGAACCACAACGUCUCGCCUACCGCCCUCUAGGGAUUGAUGCCCCUCACUCUGUCGCCGGCUAUCCCAUCAAGGUUGAACCGCCUCAUUCUCCUAAGCGUACGGCAAGGAAAGCCGGAGAGCGCGUCGUCGGAGGUUUAGCGAAUGCGAACGAUGUUAAAGCCGAAGUGCUGCAGAUGGAUGCGCUCAAGGCGGACAGAAACCUUCGCAAAGACUUGAGCCGAACCAAUUCAGAGGAGAAGGACCGUCGCAACCGAAAACGUCUGAGUCUAGCUGACGAGUCACAGCAACGACAGAUAAACAAAGGCAAGGCCAAGGCGGAUACAAUCCAGUCAAAGGAAGAAGCUAGCAGCGCAAUACUAGAUCGUCGUCUUACCACUGGGGUUGUAAACAAGAAGAGAUGUCGAAAGCAGGCAAGCACGCCCAAGCUACAUAUGGCUACAGUGGAUCUGGAUGCAGACGUUAUCGAAGUUUUUGACUCGGACGAAGAGAAGCCUAAGGCCAAACGCGCGCGGACUACGUUGACGGACGAGUCUACCAUCGACAUCUCAUCCGAAGGCGAAGAGAAGGAUGUCGCUCGAUUGGGCCAAGGCUCCCAGCAGCACCCUAUUGUUCUCGAAUAA